AUGCUGUGGUUGCACAUUGCAGCCCCUUGUAUGAAGCUUCAUUGGAUUCUAUUCAAGACUUCCACUUGGCAUUCAGAUCGCCCUCAGCCCAGAGGUGAUGAAAGCUCCGCUGACGUUGUGCUGUCCCUGGGCCAAUUCUGCUCAGGACCUGGCAGCCCUGGCAACAAGGUCAUUCGCGAUCUUGUGCGUCAACUUCGGGAGCCAAAGGCUGCCUACAGGGUGUUGUGUUUUUUUCAUGGGCCAUUUCAGGAUUGGCCUCAGGCCAGGAAACGCAUUGCAUUAAGGUCAGUGCUUAUCACAUUGGGGCAACUCAUCAGAAAGGUUGUCGAGCCUUUUUUGACGUAUCCCUGGAAACUCUGGCCUCUGGCCGAUCCAGACGCUACCCAGGACAGCGCGCGCGUCUGCGCGGAGGAACUGUUCCGAGCGCCGGGCUGCUGUGUGGAUUCAGGGUGCUCUGCCAGGAUUCGAUCCACUUCAGAUGUGGCUUCGUGUCAGGAUGCAGACUUUCGAGAAUUCCUGCAGGCUGUUUUUCAAAGAGUUGUCCUGACGUCGACGUUCAUCGAGCGUAAGUUCGCUCAUUUUUCUCAUUGGACCGACGUGAAAGGCCAGGGGGCUUCUCUUGGCCUUCUGGCUGCCAAGCACGUGACUCGAUCCUUCAGGGAUGCUGUUGAAAUUUGGAGACGUAGCAAGCUAGGUGAAGCCUAUGCUCCGCAUCAGAAUCUGUCUCGACCUACUUGGUGUAGGAAGGAAGACACGGUGGCAAGAUUGAAUGGUUAUCACCUAUUUUCCAAAGACUUGAAAGAAAGUCAAGCCACGCGCUGCAGAGGGGCUCAGGAGUCUUCGGAUUUCUUGAAGGAUGCCACCAGGCAGUGGAAGGCUUUGAGUGCGCAGGACAAGCGAGCUUGGAGUGAGAAGGCAAGGGCGCACAAUGCUCGGAAAGCGGCCCUGCAGAUGGCCGAGGCCCAGGACAAGCCGCCUGACCUGCCAGGAGGACCCUGGAAAAUGAGCACAGCGUCUGAAGGCUGGCCUCUGUCCGAAGAGUACCUGAAAGGCUUUCUGGAGUCUUUCGAAGACAGCAAUGCCUUUGCUUCUGCCCGAAGACAGUGGGCACACCAAGAACCGGAGCCUGUGGAGGAGGACUUGCCGUUGAGGGAAGAAGGGAACCUUUUCACGGUUUGCGCUCCCGGAGGGUGUGAGGCCCGGCUCUCAGAGGAUCAGAAAGUGGUCAUGAGGCGGCUGCACACAAGCUUGACAGUUUUGGUGAAGCGUUUUGACCCUUCCAAAAAGAACAUCAGCGCGCUGCCACUGACAUUGUUGUGGCACUCGAGAAGUAAGCGCAGAGGUGUCUUCACCACGCUCGCAUUUCGCACAUACACUGCUCACUUGGACAUGAUUCUGCUUGAAAUGCAGUUGGACAGCAGUGAGCGCAAUGAUUUGCCAGAGCCACCAUACAGCUUGAAAUUCAAGAUCACCGAGUGUGGCACGGCGGCUUACUUUAACGAUGCAUCGCUCUGCGUUACUUUGGCCAGCUUGAGCGACGAUUGGACCGUGAGCCGCUUGACUCUUGGAGAUUUGGGCGAGACUUUGAGCUCUCUGAGCGUGGAAGGCAUCCUGCUUGAGGAUAUUGAUGAGCUGAUAAGGGAUGCUGCUCGACUGAAGGAAGAGGAACGCGCUCUCAGAGCAGCAGGGCUCAUGCAGAGGGCUCGAAGACAAAGGCAAAGACCAGUGCAGAGACCCAGAGCAGGUGCUCAGAGGGCUCGCCCAGCUGGCAGAGGCAGACCCAAUCGCAGGGGCCGAGGACCGGCAAGACGGGAAGCGGCUUAUGAGGAGGGAGCAGCAGAAGAAGAAGAAGAAGAAGAAGAAGAGGAAGAAGCUGAGGCCGAGGCCUGGCUCGGGGACGACGAGGGGGGUGGAGAGCAAGAUGAUGUGUGGGGUUUGAGGCAGCCCUGCGAUGAGCCGAGUGAGCCCAGCGCCCCUUCGGCCCGCCCCUCUGAGCCUAGCGCCCCUUCGGCCCGUCCUUCCGCCCCUUCGGCUCGUCCUGCUGCUGGCAACCCUGCAGGCGAGGGUCAGAGUCAGGGGUCAUCUAGCAGAGCGGCUGCCGCUGUCUCAGCUGGCCAAGGCUUUGACUCGCUCUUUGAGCGGAGGCGAGCCUUUCGCCGAGUGCGGCAAGACAGAAGGCGUGGGCUGCCGUGGGGCCCUUUUCAGCUGCAGCCCAUCGUUGCAGCAGACGGUGAGCAGACUGGCUGGGGGGCGGUCUGUGGGCAGCAUCAUGACCGUGAUGGCUCUAACCAGUGCAAGAAAGCAGUUUCCUCUCGACGUUUGGGUGAUGAGACCUGCAUGCUCCGGCUGAAGCGGUGGCUUUUCGAGGGACUCAAAGACGAUGACUGGCCGGUGCAUGCUCAGAGGACUCAUCAUGUUGGGCUGGGCGGCCGUGACUUGCAGGACUUUGCUGAAGGGCUCUCCGAGCGCGAGAUGGACCAGGCCAUGGCCCGCUACAGCGACGCUGCCGCUGCAGAGCAGCGGUCUAGGAGCGCUGCCUGCCGACACAGCUGA